UGUUGAUUUUUGAGACGCCAUUGUUGUGAAUGUUGUGAUAUUUUUUAGUUUUUCUAGAAUAGUAUUUUGGGUUUUUUCUCGAUAUUUAUCCCACCCCGUGCACCUUUUCCUUCAGACUCGCACGCCCUGAAAACCCGGAAAAUGUUAGCAGAAGAACAUGCGGGGAAAAAUGUACCUUGAACUUGAACAUAGGAAAAUCUUAUCUAGGGACCAGGUCUAUGCUGGAUAAUAGGCCAGUCAAAAAUUAAAUAUUAAUUAAAAAUAAUUAUUUCAACAAGAACACUUGGGUUUUAGUGUCUUUGUUUGCUCUCAACUUGGCUAAUAUAUUAUGAUCCUUUGGCUCAAUUAUUACAGUUCAUAGCUCAUUUUUUUGUAUAUAUUCCUAUUGCUCCAGUAAUUGUACAUAAAGAUGAAUAAUUUAUUUGAUCACGAAGACGAGAGCAGUUGGUACUUUGGGGCCAUAAGUAGGCAAGAAGCCCAAGAAUUGCUUAUGGGUGAGCGAGAAGGUGGAGUAUUUCUGGUCAGAGACAGUACAACUUCUGUAGGAGACUUUGUUUUAUGUGUUAAGGAAGAUAGUAAAGUAAGCCACUACAUAAUAAACAAAACCCAAAUCAAUGACCAAACAAGCUACAGAAUUGGAGACCAACUAUUCCGGACCUUACCUGAAUUAGUGUCAUUUUAUAAACUGCACUACCUAGACACCACCCCCCUUAUUCGGCCAGCAAAGAAAAAGCCUGAAAAAGUUAUUGCUAAAUUCAACUUUGAAAGUACCGAGAGGGAUGAUUUGAGUUUUAAGAAAGGGGAUAUACUGACAGUUUUAUUUAAGGAGGAGGAACAGUGGUGGAGGGCAAGGGAUAAAAAUGGCAGGGAGGGAUGCAUCCCUGUACCAUAUGUUGAAAAGAUUGAAGAUAAUUUUUCGCCAGUUGAGGCUGCAAGACCUCAGGAGGGGCCAGUAACAAGUACACCAGAGUCAAAACCUAAACCCAAAACAAGAAAACUUCCAGCAAGGGCCCGUGUAAAGCAAGUAAGGGUACCAAAUGCUUAUGAUGACACCGCACUAAAACUAGAGGUGGGCGACAUAAUAAUCGUCACGAAAACCAACAUUAACGGCCAGUGGGAGGGAGAACUUAACGGGAAAACCGGGUAUUUUCCUUUUACGCAUGUGGAAUUUUUAGACGACGAAAAUGGGAGUUAGUGACCCUAACCUCCAAAAUUGUUUCCAUUUUACUUCGCCAAAUUAAUUGGUGUAUUUUUGUUAAGUUUUGUUUUGUCAGGCAUAAUUAAGGGAUGCUAUCAGCUUUUCUGGUAUUCAAAUAAUUUAUAAUUAAAUUUCAUAAGCUGAUUGAUCUCCAGAUUAUGCUAGUCAAUUUUAAAAUCAAUGCGUCUUAGUCAAAUAAUUGUUCUUGUAUAUUUAUGGGUUCUUUUUGUAUAUAUUUAUUAUACAGGGCUAUUCUGUAUAAUGCUAAGCUUUUUAAUGAUAGUUUUAUAAUUUUAGCAAUUAUUUAUGUUCUAUUCUUUAUUUUUAACUACUGUGAGAUUAUAAUAGUUGUCAAAAAAUCCGAUUUUAUGUACUUACACCCGAGAAGUUACAUCAAAUUAAUAAUAAUAAAGACAAUAUGAUAAUAUGCUUUCAGUCUUAUAUGCUUUAAGGCUUGGCUGAAUAUAAAAUCAUUUUUAUUUUUGCAAUUUUUAUAUAGAAAUGUUGUUAUAGAAAAUACACAGUAAGUUGUAGGAUCAUUUUUACAAAAAUCCAGACCAUAAAGCACCAAAUAGUUUAAUGUUUUAACCAUUUCAAAUUGUUAAUAGUGUUUAUUGUAGCUGAUCUAUUGUUUAGUAGUAAAAUUAUAUUGUUUAUUCUCUAACUAUUCAACUUUUUUAUAUAUUGAAAUAAUCAACAUUACUAAUUUUUUUGGUGCAUGUGGUCUAGAUUUUAAAUAUAAAUUAUAUUGCUGCCAAUAUUCGAAAAUCUGAAAUAUCCACGCUUUAAUGAAUUAAAAGCUUUCGCGCAAUAAUAAAUUAUACUAUUCUAGUCUAUUAAGGAAACUGUAUUUUGAGUAAAAUAACUGAUCAUCAGAGUUCAUAUUAUGCAAAGAGAUUGUAGUGGGAUGAAACUCUAAGAUUCUAAACUUCCAUAAUUUAAAUUGUAUUAAUCUUCCUCUUUAAUAACAAGUUGUAUUGUAUAAUACUAAUAUUGUUAGUGGCGUAAACCACUUCGAAAAUAUUCUACUGUUAUAUUGUAUGUAUGCCUGAAUUUUAUUUAUAAUUUGGCACUAAUUACACUUAAGGUACCUUAUUUAUAAAAAUUGUAUAUUCCCUCAGUUAUAUUGUGAAAUUGUAUUUUAAGUACAUAUCAUAUUUUACUAUUUUUUCAUCAUGUUUUAUGCUAUACAUAAUAGAAUCUAUAUUUUAAAAUUAUGGCUUUGAAAUAUAUUAUCAAAUGUA